CAAUAAUAUCUCGCACUGCCUCAACUUAAAUCUAGAUUUCCUAUAACUCGUUCUUUAUCUUGUAUAAGUACAAGCAUUAGUUCGAGGAAAAGUUGAGCAUUUCUUCAGCAUAGUACUACCUGUUACAAUCUUACACGAGCCUUGCGUCGAGAAAAGAAAGUGUGAUUACAAGGACAAACAAUUCUACAUAUGUCAUACGAACUGUUGUUAUUCAUAUGCUUGUUAAUAAUUGAUCGCAGCAGCAGGUUGGGUUCCUACAUGACACAAAUCUGAUGAGGUGGGACCAGCAAAUAAAAUAGUAUCACAUACUUGCAUAACACGUUUGUAUAUUUCUCAGGUUGUGACGAUAAGUGUCAAAUAUGGAGGAGGAAUAUGACGAUGAAGAUGAGAUUCUUCUGCCCAAAGAGAAGCAGUUUCAUGAAGCGUGUAGGACAGGGGACCUUGCGCUGGUGGACGCCCUGAUUGCACAGAAAAUCAACGUGAACUGCAUGGAUGAACGGGAUCGUACACCAUUGCAGCUGGCAGCGGGACAAGGUCAUACGGAGGUCAUUGAAUCGCUAACUGAUGCUGAUGCUAGAAUAGAUUUGGCAGAUAAGUUUGGGAUGAACGCCCUCUUGUGGGCGACGUGGUUUGGGAAGCACGAAGCAAUGAAAGCACUUGUAAGAUCAGGAGCCGACGUUAAAGCAGAAAACAAGCAAGGGAUGAAUAUCGUCCACUGUGCAGCAUCGCGAGGUCAUCGUAACGUCCUGGAGUACAUCGUACGCGAACUCCUCGACGAAGACCCGAUGGACAGCGACUACGAAGAGGACGACGGUGGAGGAAUCAGUCUCAAUGCUGUGUCGGGAAAGGUGACUGGCUUGUUUAGUGCAGCAGGCAACAUGAUGGGCAACAUCGGCAACAUGGCCAUGGGGAAACCGACAGAAGUGAAGAAGAAGACCAGAAGCGUAGAUUCCUUCGCGGAGAAAAAAACAAAUAAAGACGACGGUGGAAAAUCUCCUCUGCACGUGGCGGCUGAACACGGCCAAGUCUCAGCUCUCGAGUACCUCGCUAAAGUCAAAUGCAACAAAUUUGCAAGAGCAAACGAUGGUUCUACAUCACUCCAUCUAGCGGCGGGUAAUGGUCAUGUUGACAUGGUCUCCACACUCCUCGAGUAUGAACUGGAGAUUAACAUUAGAAAUGAGGAAGGGAAAACACCUCUUCUUAUGGCUGCCGAAUCGGGUCAUGCAAGCAUCGUUGAACUGCUUCUCUCUAAGGGAGCUGACGGCAAUGCCCAAGCAAACGAAAGAGCGAAAAGCAUGUCGGCAGCCCAUUUUGCAGCGAAAAAUGAUCACCCCUCUGUCAUCAAGGUCCUAGCCUCAAAUAGGUGUAAUCUCAACAGUAAGGCAAUGUACGACAACACCCCUUUACACGUUGCCUCCACGUUGGGUCACAUCGAGAGUGUAAAGACGCUUCUAUCUUGUCGGUGUAAAGUCAACGUACUCAAUGAGAAGAGAAGAUCGGCUCUUCACGAGGCGACUGAAAACGGACUUGCAGAUAUCGUGGAACUUCUACUCGUGGCUGGAAUUAAUGUGCAAAUACAAGAGAAGAAUGGAAAGACAGCUUUAUCAAUGGCGGCCAGGGCAGAUAAUAUCACCAUCGUAGAUAUGAUCAUCAAAGCAGACAGAUACUUCAUAAAGCACAAGAAGAGACCAGGAGCCAUCCCUGAUCUGAACGUUCUGCAGUUCCGUAAAGAGGACCCCGAGUUACAGGAAAUUAUGCGUCCUAUCUGCUACAAGCUUGUCCAGAAACAACUUGCUAAGGAUGAUUGCAAGAGACUCUUCUACUACUGGGGGUUUAAACCUGAACAUAUUGAGGCCAUUGAAACACAGGAAACAGGCAAACACGCCUGGAAGGAACAUGGUUAUCGUAUGAUGUUGAUUUGGCUGCAUGGGCUUGAGGAUAACCCAAUCAAGGAACUCUACGAAGGUCUUACUAACAUUGACUGCAACAAGUUAGCUGAACAAAUUCGAGCCAAGGAGAAUAAAAGAGCAGAGGCGAAUGGAUCCAAUUGCUCGCUUUCUUGACAAUGUUUCCUUUUACCGAUGUCAACGUGACGAGGUUCUUCAAAUUCGAUCAGAAAGAUGAUGUACACGUGUUGUUAUCAAAUGAAAAACUGAUGAAAAACUGAGGGAGAAUAUUGGUAAAGUGGGCCAUAGGAAGAAUUAUGCCCGAUAUAUUGAGAAUGUAAACAGAACUCAUAGAGAGACAAGAUACAAUGUACUGCUGGCCAUUUAUUUCGUCGCAAAUAUUUUGCGCUCCAGGGAAAAAGCUAAUCCCGAAAAUAAACGGCCAUUGUGAGAUAAGUAUUAGCUGUAUAAAUUGUAUAAAGUAGAAAUAAUAUGCUUUCAAUCAGUACUAUGAUUGUUUUUAUCCAUACGAAUUUCAGCGAGCAACAUUGUUUUUAAAAUGUCAAAAUCCAUUUAUGUCACACAGUAAAAACCUUAGUGUUACAGGCGGACACAGCGUUGGGGAAAUGUAAACUUUAAAAGAUGAUUAUCCAAGAUUUCCAUUGUGUGACGAUGUGCAUUUAAAUUAAAUCAACUACCU